GGGAAUCCAGUGAAUUCUUUGGAGACGCCCGUUCCUUGGGCAGUGUGGUGCCAUCGCACAAGGCCUUCAUUGAGCAGGAACAGGAGUGGUCUUGUAGGAAGGGAUCCACGCUGGCUCGGGCCUUACGAAGCCUCAGAGCUGUCCGAGGAGGACCAUUAAAUAUUCAGCAGCUCGGAAAAAGGAGGUCUCGGUGGUUUCCCUGAUUUUCCAGGGAGCGCUCCCUUUUUUCAGUGAUGGAGGUAUUGCAGUGUGACAGCUGUGACUUCCGCGCCGAGUCAUAUGAUGACUUAAAGACCCACAUUCAGGAAGUGCACACGGUGUUCCUGCAGCCUGCAGAUGCAGAUGAGUCCGACUCGCUGAAAGACGAGGACGAAGAUGAGGAGGGAGCGGAGGAAUAUGACGGCAUGGGUGACCGGGAUUAUUCGACUCCUAAAGCUGGAAUGAGCCCCAAUACUACUGACAAUUCCAACCAAACCCCACAAAGGCAGACCGCCGAAACCCGCCUGCCGUUUUACCAGUGCAAGUUCUGUGUCCGUUACUUCAGAUCCAAGUCCUUCUUAAGAAACCACACCAAAAAGGUGCAUAACGACGCCGAGGUGGACUCCGAUGCGAGCGUCUCCUCGCAGAGCACCGAGCAGCCCAGCUACACCGUCAUCACGCGCGGCGACCAUUCGAAAGUGUUCUCCUGUCAGUACUGCGCGUACCAGUCUCCGCGCAGAGCGAGGAUAAUGAAACACCAGCUCAUGUAUCACAGCAAGGUUACGCCGGAGAACGGCGAAGAGCCUCCGGCGCGCGACGAGACCGGCGAGGAGUCGGCCGGCGAGGAGUCGGCCGGCGAGGAGUCGGCCUUCGCCGGCGGCCUCCUGAAGGGGACGUUUGCCUGCGAGUGGUGCGACUAUCAGACCGACCAGAAGGACAGCUGGACCGGUCACGUGCUGAAGGAGCACAGCGACAAGGUCAAGAUUGUUUCCUGCGUCGAGGAGCUGGCAGGAGAGGAGAGCGCGAGCUCCCCCGCACCCGACUCCCCCUCCGCUCCCCGAAGCCAGACCAGCUUGAAGGGGGGUUUCCCUGAGGUUCAAGGAAAGGAGAAGCCAGGAGGAAAAACGGUAGAAAAGCUGUCUGAGGAGACGGUGGCGGAGCUCUCGUCCUUUCAGUAUGCGGACAUUAGCGCAGCAACACCCAACAGCACAGGCUCCUCCAUCCUGUCCAAGAGGUUCACGCAGGCCGACGUCUCCAACAGCGUCGUCGAGACGGACGCCGACUUGCUCAAUGAAGAAGACUCUAAGAGCAGCUUGGAGAACGAUGACGACGACGAAGAGGAUUUGGGUGACAUAGACGAUCCCAGCUAUACUGGGACCCUGUCCGCAGACGCCAAGCAGCUGUUGACCGACGAGGACAAUAAGCUACUGGAGACUAAAGGAAUCCCGUUUCGAAAGUACAUGAACCGUUUUCAGUGCCCGUUCUGCUCCUUCCUCACCAUGCACAGGCGAAGCAUCUCCCGGCACAUCGAAAACAUUCACCUUUCUGGUAAAACCACCGUGUACAAAUGUGACGAAUGCCCAUUUAUUUGCACCAGCCCUCUUAAACUAGGCACGCACAAACAGAGCCACUCGUCCUCCGAUCUGGACUCCAUGGACCUGACGAGUGACAGUCAGGAGACUCUCAACGACAUCGCCACCGAGCCCGUCAACGGGGGCAGCGCGAGCGUCAAGGUCAACGGGAAGAAGACGAGCGGCGAGCUGAACGAGCAGCCGAACCCUCACCGCUGCACCCUGUGCAGCUUCUCCACCGCCACUCUGAAGGGUCUGAGGGUCCACCAGCAGCACAAGCAUUCCUACUGCGAUGACCUCGACCCCGCUGCCUUUGAGAGCCAGCUGAGCAAGCAGCCGGACUCCGAAGUGGACGCGUCUCCGAUCUUUCUGCAAAAAACCCAGACCUCGAUUUUGGGACUCGCCACCAAGAAACCCUUGGUGACGGGCAAAAGAGCCAGAAAGUCCAUCAACGACUUGCCGUUGGAUCUGUCCUCGGUUAAGAAGAGGACUAGAAUUGACGAAAUUGCCAGUAACCUUCAAAGUAAGAUCAGCCAAAGCCAACAGGACAUGAUCAUAAACCUGGACGACCUGGAUGACGUGGAUGGAGAAAAUCACACCGGUGCUGAUGGAGAGGGUAGAAACCACGUAAACCCCGUCUUCACCUACAACACGCAGCACCUUCACGCAGGCGAUUCGACAAUCGUUCACGACGGGGGCCGGGUAGGCAAAAGAAAGAGCAACCCCAAGUCGAAACCCAGGAGCAUUCCCAUAUCGCUGACUCUCUCGGACGACAGUGAAAACAUCUCCGCCGACGCCGGGGACGGCGCCACCCAGGAGAGCGCUGACUAUUCAGAGGACCCGGGAACCGCGCGUUUCUACUGCAAACACUGCGAUUACCACAACAAGUCGGCGCGCAGCGUCAGCACGCAUUACCAGAGGAUGCACCCGUACAUCAAGUUCAGCUUCAAGUACAUCCUGGACCCCGAGGACCAGAGUGCGGUCUUCCGCUGCUUAGAGUGUUUCAUUGAAUACACCAAUUACAAUGAUUUGCAUCAACACUACAUGGAUCACCACCCCGAGGCGAGCAAUGUGCUCAACUUCAACCAACCAAAUCUGGUGUACAUGUGCCGCUUUUGUUCAUACACGAGCCCCAACGUCAGGAGCCUGAUGCCCCAUUACCAAAGAAUGCACCCGACGGUCAAAAUCAACAACGCAAUGAUCUUCUCCAGCUACGUGGUGGAGCAGCCCCACAAGACGGGUGAGUCCCAGACCCUGAGGGAGAUAUUAAACUCCGGCCCGAAGAAUUUGAAUUCACCGGCGUCGACCCCGAGGUCCUCCACCAGCCCGGUGCCCAAAUCGGCCUCCAAAACCCCCGAAGCCGGCGCCGAGGCGGACCCUCUCAAAGAAUCCUUGGAUGGCAACGUGGUCGUGUACGAUUGUGACGUGUGUUCCUUCGGUAGCCCCAACAUGCACUCGGUGUUGGUCCAUUACCAGAAGAAGCAUCCCGAGCAAAAGGCGUCUUACUUCCGCAUACAGAAGACCAUGAAGGUCAUCUCGGUGGAUCAGUCGCAGCCUGUCGCGAACUCCUCCUAUAACCUCAACGCGGCCACGCCGCCGAAACAACCCGGCGCCGCGCUGUACGGGUCGGAUGAAGAGAUGUACUACUGCAAACACUGCGUCUACAGCAACAGAUCUGUCGUCGGCGUGCUGGUGCACUACCAGAAGAGGCACCCGGAGGUGAAGGUGACGGCGAAAUACAUCAAACACGGCGCUCCCACCCCCGGUUUGAUGAAGCUAAUGGACGAACUGCAGAUCGCGACUCCCAAGCAGUUCCUGAAGCAGUUCCAAAACAACGGUCACGACGGCUCCAACAACUCGAGCCCCAAGCCCGGAGGCGGCGAGAAAGGGGAGGACGAGCUGUUCUUUUGUCAGCACUGUGACUACGGCAACCGCACCGUGAAAGGAGUGCUAAUCCACUACCAGAAGAAGCACAGGGAGACCAAGGCCAACGCCGACCUGGUGCGUCGCCACACCGCCGUCGUCCGCAGUCAGCGGGAGCGCGCGCAGAUGGUCCAGUCGAGCAGCGUCUCGUCCGCCUCCGUCCCGGCCGCGCCGGACCCCGAGGGCACGGCCACGCCGCCGCCGCUGCGCUCGCUGAAGUGCAGGCACUGCUCGUACGCGUCGCCCUACGUCUAUGCCCUGAAGAAGCACCUGAAGAAGGAGCACCCCACCGUGAAGGCCACGGCCAUGACCAUCCUACACUGGGCUUUCCAAGACGGCAUUCUGGAGGCCGGCUACCACUGCGAGUGGUGCAUUUACUCCCACGCCGAACCGCAGGGCCUGCUGCUCCACUACCAAAGACGCCAUCCCGAGCACAACGUGGAUUACACCUACAUGGCCAGCAAGCUGUGGGCCGGACCGGAGACCACUCAGCAAGGCGGCAAUAUGGAAACUAAGCAUUACAAAUGCAGAGACUGUGCCUUCGAGGCCUGCACGAUAUGGGACAUCACCAGUCACUACCAGGUGGUGCACCCGUGGGCCAUUAAGAGCGAUGAAUCGGUGCUUUUGGAUAUCAUCAAAGGAAACGGGCCCGCCGAAGACAUGCAACAGGGGGUCGCCAAGGAACACAUGCCUUUCAAUUGCCAAUCGGUCGACGACGAUUUGACGCCGGUCGUGGCCACCGCGCCUCAGGAAAGCCCCCACCCGCCCCACCCGCGUCUGUCCAUCUCAAACAAUCCCUAUCAGUGCACUGUGUGUCUGUCAGAGUACAACAGUCUCCACGGUCUCCUCACUCACUACGGAAAGAAGCACCCGGGGAUGAAGGUCAAAGCUGCAGAUUUUGCACAGGAGGCGGACAUCAACCCCAGCUCCGUGUAUAAAUGCCGCCACUGUCCGUACGUAAACUCCAGAAUCCACGGGGUCCUCACUCACUAUCAGAAGAGACACCCGUUGGUCAAGGUCACCGCGGAGGACUUUGCGGAUGACAUCGAGCAGAUCGGGGACUCGAAUGAAGGAGAGGACAAGUGCAAGACUCAAAGGCAAGGCUACGGAGCAUACAGGUGCAAAAUCUGCCCCUACACGCACGGGACGCUCGAGAAACUCAAAAUCCACUACGAGAAAUACCACAAUCAGUCGGCCUCCGAAAUGUUCGCCCCCUCACUGACCUAUUUCUCUCCCGGGAGAGAAACCGAGCCCGUGGCGGAAUGCAGCGCCGGUAACGCGUCAAGCGCGGCGAAGGUCCAGGAGGUCGGUGAGUUGGACCUUGCCCUCUCCCAGUUACCCAUCAAUAAGCCCGAGAAACACGCCAUAUUCAAGUGCCAGCUCUGCAAGUACUUCUGCUCCACCCGGAAAGGCAUCGCCCGCCACUACCGCAUCAAGCACAACAACGUCCGCGCUCAGCCGGAGGGUAAAAACAACGUCUUCAAGUGCGCUCUGUGCUCAUACACCAACCCCAUACGCAAAGGCCUGGCGGCGCACUACCAGAAGCGGCACGACAUCGACGCCUAUUACACCCACUGUCUGGCUGCUUCCAAGACUCUGACCGAAAUGCCCGACAAAGUGAUGGCGCCCCCGCCGGCGGCGCCGUCGUCGUCGUCGGAGGGGGACAAUUCGGAAAUGAGCGAAGACCUGCGCCUGGCUGUGGAGAGACGGCGGUGCUCUCUCUGUGCCUUCCAGGCCUUCAGCAGGAAGAGCAUUGUCUCGCACUACAUCAAACGUCACCCAGGUGUCUUCCCCAAGAAGCAGCACGCCAGCAAGCUCGGGCGCUACUUCACCGUCGUCUAUGCCAAAGAACCCGAGAGGAUUGGCGCCAGCGCGACCGCGGAGGACGACAAGGAAGCGCUGGAGGUCCAGCUUGAGCCCGGGCCGGACGGAGCGGUCGAAUGGCUGCCGUUCAAGUGUCUGAAAUGCCUCCAGUCGUCCUUCGGCGCGGGCGAGCUGCUCUCUAUGCACUACAACGAUCACCACGGCAACGACCUGAAGAGGGACUUCGUGGUGUCGCCCGGGCCUGAGGACGAGGAGUCCGAGUUGUACAAGUGUGCGCACUGUGAACUGAAGUUCCUGGCUCUGCCGGUUCUGGCCAAACACCUGCUCAACCACAAUGAGGAGUUUCAGAAGAGGGCCAUGAGGCAGGAGAGGAGGAGGCUGGUGCUCAGCAAGCAGAAAGCCGCAGAACUUCCCGAGACCAAACAUGAGAAGGAACACCUGUUAAAUAACGCCCCCAUAGGAUUCAGGUGUAACUUCUGCAUAGAGAUGCACCCCACCCUGCGUGCCAUCUGCAACCACCUUAGGAAGCACGUGCAGUACGGAGAGGUCAAGGAGGGACACGUCAAGCAGGAAGUCAGCGAAGUCCCCCUGACCCCGUCUUCAGAGACCCUGACCAAUGGGGACCUCGAGGUGGACGAAUCAGCCGACACCGACGGCCCGGAGGGACCCGCGGCGGCGAUGGCGGGUCCACCCUCGGUCGCCGCGGCUUCGGCUGGCGGCGAUGUUGCCCCCGUCCCGAAUGCCAUCGAGGGGAGGGCGGCGGCGCUCGUGGCGGCGGCAAGGGCCGUGGUGUCUGAGGGCGAGCUUAAGCCGCGCUUGGCAGCCGGGGGUCACCCGUGUGCCCAGUGCGACAGAGUCUUCAUGUCCAUGCAGGGACUGAGGUCCCACGAGAGGAGCCACUCGGCCAUGGCGCUGUUCACCCGAGAAGACAAAUACAGCUGCCAGUACUGCCAGUUCGUCUCACCCUUCAGACACAAUCUGGACAGACAUGUGCAGUCUCACCAUGGGCACCACAAGCCCUUCAAGUGCAAACUCUGCCCCUUUAAAUCUGCCUACGUGAGUCGCUUGAAGAGCCACCUGCAUAAGGCACACACAGGUGAGCAGCACACAUACCAGUGCUUGUCUUGCCCCUUCUCCUCUAUGACCAUCAGCCAGCUGAAGGAGCACUCUCUGAGAGACCACGGAGAGGCCCUGACCCUCCCCAAACUGCGGGCUGCUACCCAGGCUGCUCAUGGUGCCCUGAGGCCCCCGCGGCUGCCCAGCAACACAGAGCAGAACCCCUUGGCCCUGGAUGAUCCGUCAUACCUGGAGCCGGCGGACGUCCGUCAGCAGCUCAGUCAUUACCAGCUGGCCGCCCGCAGUCAAAUGUCUGCAGGCUCGACGGCGGCUGAUCACCGACCGGACGGCGUCCUCACCUGCGAGUUUUGCGAGUUCAGCUCCGGGUACAUGCAGAGCCUGCGUCGGCACUACAGGGACCGCCAUGGCGGCAAGAAGCUCUUCAAGUGCAAAGACUGUUCCUUUUUCACCUGCUACAAGAAUACCUUCACCAUGCAUGUGGAGGCCGGUCACAACAACAAUGCACCGGACAACCUCCCGAAAGACCUGCGCUGCCCUCUCUGCCUCUACCACACCAAACACAAGAGCAAUAUGAUCGACCACAUUGUCCUGCACAGAGAGGAGCGCGUGGCUCCGCUGGAGGUCAGCCGCUCCAAGCUGUCGCGCCACCUGCAGGGCCUCGUGUUCCGCUGCCACAAAUGCACCUUCACGUGCUCCAGUGACCAGGCGCUGCAGCUGCACCUGCAGAAGCACGCGGAGAUCAAACCCUACCAGUGCCAGCUCUGUUACUACGACAGCAGUCAACGGAGCCAGCUAGAGGAGCAUUUACGCCUUGAGCACAAGGUUAUGCGGAACUUCGAGCUGAUGGGCCGUGUCAACCUGGAGCAGCUGGAGAUGAUAAAAGAACGAGGGAGCAGCGCUGAAGAGGAGGAGGAGGAGGAGGAGGAGGAGGAAGAAAGAGAAAUGAUGGAGUUGGUCGGAGAUGAAAAAGAAGCGUCACAUGAGGACGAGGACGACGAAGGAAUGGAGAUUAUGGGAAACAUGGUGGAGGAGCAGAGGGAGACAGAUGAUGAAGAGAUAGAGGACCACUUUAAAGAGGAAGAGGAGGAGGAAGAAGAAGACGAUGACGAGGAAGUCUCGAGGCUGGAGGAGGAGAAGCCCGGCAUACGAGACGUCCUCGCAUCUCCCAGCCGCAGCAGCAGCAGCGGCAGCGGCAGCAACAACUCGGCACCCGGCAGUGCAGAGAAGCGCCUUCCCUGUGAGUUCUGUGGCCGCUGUUUCACCAACAGCCAGGAAUGGGAGCGCCACGUGCAGCGCCACGGCAUGAUGGUGAAUCACACCAACAUGGACUCCAGCACCUCCUCCGCAUUAGAGGCCUCGGCUUCAUCUUCCACCGGCUCCUGUGUGUUCAUGGACACGGGGUUGGACCCGUCCAGCAGCGGCAACGAGGAAGGGAACCCCGCAGAUCUCUCCCUGGGAAGUCCCAGCCAGUAUGUGGAAGGCCAAAAGCAAGCUUGACACCAAAAAAACAAAAACAAAAACGAUCAAGAGCUUGGUUGAAAGGGAUUGAGGCCCGUUGGGAUGACGUGCUAGAAACCGAUAACCGUGGGUAGGACCGGCACUGAGUUGAAUCGUAAAAGGAAACAAAAAUAUUUAAACCUGAAGAAGAAGAAGAAAAAAAAAAGUGACUUCUUAUGAGUUGGCGCAUUAUUAGAUUUUAGGUGUUAUAUAUUUAAGUAAUAGAUUGUGAUGCAUUAAACGGCUGAGCUCUUUAAAUGGGCAGUCCCCUAGGACAGAUCUUAAUAUAUUGGUAACCAAUAGUGAACAGAACUCUUUAUUGCUGACAUUCUGGUCAAAUCUACAGUGAAAGAUCCCACCUAGAUGAAACAAAGCUAUUUAUUGACAACGAUGUCCAAAAUGAUUAACAAAAUUUAGUAUUUUAUUAUUUGAAGCACCUUUUACACUCCCCCAGGGGUACUGUAAAUGUACCUAAAUUGAACAAACAUAAUAUGAAAACAUUUAAACCGUGUCCCACUGUAGAGCUACCUAUUCUUGUUUCUUGUUGAAAUGUGAGACUCUUUUUCAUCUUAGCCUUUGUGUUAAGUGUGUAGAAGUAUCCCUCGAGAAGGAAUCGCACCUUAUCCAUAGUAAAACCACAAAUCAUUGUUUUUCCUUUUUUUUUUUUCUUUUUUUUUUUUUUUGAAAUAGUGACAUUUUCCCCAAAUGUUUGUAGCAAAUUGCUAUAUUUUAGGUCCCUUAAGAUUAUACUGCGUAUAAGCCUUCAGCCUGUGGCACCCUUUUGCAUUUUGACUCUUGAUAUUUUACUGUCCAGUAAUUCACAUGAUGGAAAAAUGCAAAUAAUGGGAUUAGUUCAAAUCUCCCUUCCCCGGUAAACAAUGUUUGUAGUGUGGGUUAAACAAUAUCAACCUGUGCACUCUGAAGAUCAAAAUAACAACAAAGAAAUGUUAAAUGUGUCAUGACUGUAUUCACGUGAUGUAGGAUUCCGUUACACUCAGCAGAGAAAGAGUUACCCCGGAACAUAACUUAGAGGUUUUUUUACAACAGUGGCGUAAUAUUUGUCAUCGUCAUCAAUAGACCGAGAUCACACUUGUCUUUUCAGUGGGGAAAAAAAAAAAGUUUGAUGUGCCAGGAUCCAACUCUGCACGUCCAUCACAAUGACAACUAAAAACCACCUCGGCUGAGUGUUGAAGCCCGUGCAAAAGUGCCUUACAAAUCCAGUUAUCGCAAAUAGCUUCAAUUGCUUAUUUUCAUUGAGCUAAUUUGAGGCAGCCAUGCAAUCACCCCGGAUAUCUGAAAGUUAUUUUCCACAAUAAUAGCUGGCCUCAACAGCUCAUUUUACUACUAUCAAUUUGUUCCUCAGUGGCAAUUCUGACAGCCACAGUGCAAACGACACCAAAGAGGACGGGUGAUGGCCAGUCUUGAGGAAUCCUUUUUUUUUUUUUUCAUUUUUUGCUGAUUCAAUGGACGUGGGUGGGGAUUGAAUUUGUUUUUGCUCUCAGCAUUUAAGAAAAUUUAGAUUUUAGAUUUUUUUGUUAAAACUACUUUCUUCCAUGAAACUCUCCACUAAACUGGGUACGUUUGGAGUCAUGUUUGCUUGAUUGACAGAGGUCUCUGUCUUUCACAGUCAGCCCUGGUGAUGAUCUCAACUCCAUCCAGGUCCCUGCAUAUCACCCAAAUUCAGAUGUUUGCAACUGCAUACGACUGUCCCUUCAUGGGCGUGCGGCUUGAGCCGCAGACGCCACAGAUGUGCUUUUCCGCGGUCUGUGGUGCCGCUUUGCAGUGAUGGAAUGCACUGAAAAGACAAGUGUAACCCACGCAGAAAACCUUAAAAAUCCUUGGUUUCCACAUAAACUGAGGUUAUUUCCCACAACGAUUUUGAAAAAGUUUAAAAAUCCCCCAACGAAAGUCCUUUUAAAUUCUGUAUCGGCAGCACUGUGGUAGCUUGGAUAUGUGUGCUUCUUUUUAGAUGAAGUUGUUAUUGUUGAUACUGACAAAUGGCAGAGAUUGUAUUUGUUGAAAGUUGCUGCUUGAAUACCCUAAAGCCUUAUAAGACAAUAAAUAGCAAUUAAGUCAAAUGCAAGCCCAAUUCCAAUGAGACCAAUAAGCAACAUGAAACAAUCUGAAAUGAUAUGGCUGAUAUACAAUUUUUAAGCGGGCACAAUUAAUGUGAUUGUGCUCGUAGUACCAAAAUAUUUACCAAGACUGCUGUGUUUAUCUUGAUUUAUUGAACCUAUUGAAUCAGACAUUUGGGUUUGCGACCCAAGUGAACCACGUUUGCAGCCAUGUAUAGAAAACAAAACUACUCGUUAAGUGUUCUAACCGUGGUGUUUCUGAAAGGAUACUUUCACCCUUUUUCUUUUUGGUGUUUUUGUUUUUCAGAAGAAGAAGAAAAGACAAAUCUAAAGACGAUAGCUAACGCUUUGGGGCUUUUUGAGUCCCCAAUCCAAUAUUAUUACACUGUUGUUCAAUAUCUGGUUAUAAUGAGAAAUAUUUCCUUUUCUGUACUGUAUUGGGAAGGAGCACAUGGGAAGUGUGGUUGUACAAUAUUUAAACACAUGAAGGAAAAGUAUGCAUUUAUCUCCGAAUUAAUGGCCUGGGGUUUUAUUGUGAAGGAGGAAAACGUGUUAAUCCUUUAGGGGCAUUUGCCCAAACUACUUGAUCCUUUUUUCUGGGAUUGGCCAGUUGACUCAUAGAUCCUUCUGAGAUGUAGCUGACUCAUGUCCAGUCCAACAUCUGACACUCCAGUAUCUUCCAUCCAUGACCAGUAAAGACAUCAGCUGACUUGCUGCAAACAGGCCUUCCCUUACAUGUAGUCGAGAGGUGGGAAUGUAGCAGCCCCACUAUGCUCCUCAGUCCUUGUAAUACCUGGAAGAAGAGGAAAAAAAAAAAGAAAAACUGUUGCGUUGGUGCUGAAUCUUGAAGCCCUUUUUUUCUGUUUUUCAGGACCAGCCUGUAGCUUUUUGAAAGGUAAAACUGUUGUUGUAGAAAUGAGCUUUGUUAAGGCAGCUUGUUGCCCAGCUUGAAAGCCCAGCGGAAGCCACAUGAUGAAUUGGGACAAUCUGGGUAACUAAGCUGUCAACCCAAAAUUGUUUGUUGUUCUGUGAUCAUUUGAAUAGAAAAGGACUAUGAAUCCCUCACUGUGUUCAGUCUCUAGACUGUAAUGUUCCCAGUUUACCCAAAGUGAAGCCCCUGCUGACAACACACUGGAUACUUGUAUAUAUGUUUAGUUUGUUUCUGAAGAAUUUCUCUUUUCAGACUGUUGUCUCCAUAGUUUGACACUAGAAUCUCUCCUUCUUGCCUUUCUUCCCAUAUGAAUCUGAUUACCUGAUGGUGGGUUGUGAUGUUGCCUAGAAUGAUUGUUUACAAUUUUAUUCCAUUUAUCUCUGGAUACUCUGUAAAUAUUGUAAUUCAUUGUCUUUUUUUAACUUGAUAAUAAAGUUAUCAGAUAAAGGUUA